CUCAUAUAUGUAGUUAUUAUCAAGAAGAUUCUUCUGAUGUUGGGCUAUCGUAACCCAACCGCGCAUUAGCAAAUGCAUUCAGAUGCCGAGAAAGAGUCGACAGAUGCCAUCAAGAUAUAUUAUCUGACAGGCUAUCCCUCUCUCGCUGCUUUCAUCGCGAGCGACAAGGACAAGAGCACCUUGAUCUAUCGGCGAUUUGAUAGGCUGUCAGCGAGAAAUUUACUCCAUCUGCAGAGCGAGUUGAUAGAACUUCAGGCACGACAGGAUGCCUUCGACGAGGAGGAUUUUCGUGGUAGUCCAGAAGAUAAAGGCAUUGCCAGUGACUGGAACUUGUUCAGCUCAAAGGCUUCGGACCCGAAAAAUACACGCGAGUGGGAGCGAAUGAAGCUGGCAAAGCAAAUUCGAAAGAGGCUCAAGGAAUAUCGUGAAGCCAUCCUCCUGGAAAGCACUUUGGCCUCUUUGAAGCCUCCUUCAUCAAGAACAUUGACCGCAUUCCGCAACGUUUUCAACAAUACCGAUUCUCCGAGAGGCAGCUUUCCAACCCUUGGCGGCCGCGGUUCAUGGAUUUAUGAAGAGAAAGAGAAGAACGACCUUAUGAGCUUGCGAAAUUCUACUGAAGAAGACCGACUCACGUCUUUUAUACGUUACAGUUGUCCGUGGCUGUUCAUUAAACCAAAGAAACGGAAAACAGACAGCUCACUUGCCUAUUUUUCAGAGCGCCGCCUCCAAUACUUCGUCGCAAUUAUUAACAUUGUCCUGGCUUUCGCUCUUUUGUUCGGGGCAAUAUAUCAUUUGUAUAGCGUCACGAGCCCCAGAAUUAAGCUGGGCCUAAUCGCUUUCUACACCGUCUCCUUUGCUCUUUGUGUCGGCCUAGUUACAAAUGCACAGAGAUCUGAAGUCUUUGGAGCUUGCGCUGCAUAUGCUGCCGUUCUUGUCGUUUUCGUGAGUGGGAACUUUGGUGGCGGAAAUCCCUGACAACUAUGAUAGAAGAUUUUAAAAAAUAAAAUAAAAAAACCAAUUGGCUAUGACAGAGUCUUAUAAUAGAUUACGGGACACAACUUUUGUCUAGCCAUAUGAAGACCCC